UUUAACACUUUCCAUCAUCCGUAUUCGACUUUGCGACUUUCCGUUUACAACGGUCACAGUCAAUUCAUUCGUUGUGAUUGUCCCUUAGAGGGAACCAUGAGCACUGACGCCUUGCGCUCGCAAGUCGCGUCAAAAUGGCAAAGCUCGUUUCUACGCAUCAAUCGUAACGAACCUGGAAUAACCGGUCUUCUGUCUUUCAGUCAAGCAUGGGAUGUUGCCACUGAGUUUGUGCGGCCGAAAGAUUUGAACGUUGAAAAACCAAAGACCUAUGAUAUGAAUGUUGUUAGGGCUGCGUACGAAUUGGUGAACACAAGUCGCAGAUUACCUGUGCUGUUGGAGACUUUUCUCGAUCAAGUACACCAAAAAUUCUAUCUCAUUAUUGAUGAGAUCGAGCAAUUCAUCUUAAAGUACGAGCAAACCUCAGACCCUCAAGUAAUAUCCAAACUCGUGUCCCGAAUGCUGUUAUGGUACAAAACCUGGAUGCCGGCUGAAGAAUUAGGACCUACGAUCUCCUCAGCUUACACUCUCACGUUUCAAACGCGUGUCUUCUCUGCCCUCGAUUCCUCGUUCGUCCAAGGAUUUAAGACCCUUUGCGCUUCUACUCUUCCCCCUUCUGAUCCGAACGCGAAAACACCAGCACCGGAUUCGGCCCUAUGGGAGGCUUUCGAGACAUUGGGUCUGUUGGACAGAUACGAAAGUAUCAUCGCAAGUGUAGGAUAUGAACACAUUGAAGCUCAUGUCUUGGCUAAUUGUGCUGGCCAGUGGGCUGAGCCGAUGAUAGAGGGCUUACGGACGUGGAUGUCAGUCAAGAUUGUUCCCUGGAUGUUGUUGAUGUAUGCGAGAGGAGCAACGAACACCGACGAUGCCCGUGCUAUGCUUCAGAAUGUAGGCUCAAGGUUCGAUUUCCACAUGGCCAAGACUCUGUGCGACUUGCGGGCACGGGAAAUAUUUGACAUCAUCAUCGAUUUCCCAGAGUCCACUGGCGCCUUACAGGACCUGAAGGAAUGCUUGCAGCGAGUGGAUCAACGCGCUGCUCUCGUUCAAGCGUUGAGGAAAGGAAACCGAAAACGAUUACUACAUCCUGGAGCGGACACGCGGUUAAUCCUUACUCAAUACGUUGCUACGAUUAAGUGCCUCCGUAUCGUCGAUCCUCCGGGCGUGCUUCUUUUCAAAGUCGCCGACCCGAUCAGGCGUUACCUUCGAGAGCGCCCGGACACUAUUCGUUGCAUAGUGUCAAAUUUAGUUGGGGAUGAUGACAGUGGUGACUCUCUUGUGGAUGAGAGCGAACCCAUUCAACCUCUGCAACAACCCGAGCUCGAAGACUAUACGGAUCCGCAUUGGGAGCCAGAACCGAUUGACGCUGGUCUAGCUUUCCGAACCAAUAAACCCAGCGACGUCAUCAGUACUUUGGUUAGCAUCUACGACUCCAAGGAUCUCUUUGUGAAGGAACUUCAAGUGUUACUUGCACAACGGCUGUUAGCUAUCACAGAUGACAACUCGGAGAAGAUAGAAAAGGAGCGUCGAAACAUCGAGAUCCUCAAAAUUCGUUUUGGAGAGGCUGCAUUGCAAGUAUGCGAAGUGAUGUUGAAAGACAUGACGGACUCAAAGCGAAUAGAUGGCCAUGUGCAAUCGCAAAAAUCGUCCAUCGUCCAUCCCACUAUCAUAUCAAAACACUUCUGGCCUCUCUUGGAGACUAGCGAUAUCAUCAUGCCCGGGCAAUUCCAAGCAUUACAGAAAGAGUACGCCAGAGAGUUCUCGACAUUCAAACCAGACAAGAAACUGCGGUGGUUGCCACACCUGGGCACCGUACAUCUAGAGCUACAAUUGGAGGAUCGGACUGUGCAGGCUGACGUUCCUCCGCUAGAAGCUGCUUUCAUUGAACUGUUCUCGGAGAAAAAUGUGUUGAAAAUCGAAGAAUUGAUUGAAGGCGUUGGGUCUGUUGACCGAGCGGCUGCAGUUAAGGCACUGUUGACGUGGGUGGAUAUGGGUGUUUUAAAGGAAGACGGCGAAGGCAUGUUCAGACUUCUUGAAGUUGCUGAAGAACCUAGCUCAGGUGCGAGGGAAACGGCGAGAUCCAUCACAGCAGCUCCGGAGUUACUGCCGAUAACAAGCGUACAGCAGCAGCAAGCCGAGCAGAUGAAAGUGUACUGGAAGUUCAUCGAAGGGAUGCUUACGAAUUUGGGAUCACUACCGUUGGACCGUAUACAGACUAUGUUGCGGUUUGCUCCAGGAUACGAUCAGACUAUAGAACAACUUGGUACUUUUAUGGAAGCGGCAAGGCGUGAGGGACUGGUGAACGUUAAAGACGGUGUAUGGAAGUUGACGCAGAACGCAUAG